AUGAUUGUUGGAGUGAAUGCUGGUGAGUACUUAUAGGAAAAUUCAAUCCACAAAUUUAUCGUUACUAUUAAUACAAGAUACAGUUAUUGUUAGAUAUAACGACCGGUUGAAUGGCUGAGAUACAUCUAAUACUGCCUAUAGCCCUCAAUAUCCAAUAUAUCUUUCAUUUCCAGAUUAAGCACUUUAAACCUAGCCUGAUUCUCAGACGCUCCAGGUUGCUCGCGGUCACGCACUAUUUCCAGUCCACCGCGAGCGACCUGGAGAAUCAGAAUCAGGAUCAGGCUACUUUAGGCCCCGAUUUGAUUCGUUAUAGUCAAUAGUGUACACGUACAGCGGUGUCACCGCCGCAUUCUCCUGUAAGCUUGUGGUACAUAAUGAGCAGUCUGGUAGCCUUUUUCUCAUGAAAGAUACAGACCUGUGAGAGAAGAGGAAAGGAAGAAAGGAACAAAUGAACCUGAUCCGAAGGAGGCGCCGUGAAACAGAGAACGGGCAAUAAGAAGGACGGCGUGAUGCCAUUAAAAUCACCCACGUGUCAGUCUAUCGAAAUUAUUAUCAAUUCACUGUGACUUUAUUUUACUCCUUUUAAUGCUUGCUUGAGUGUGACUUCUUAAGUAACGUAUUAAGUGUAACCACUGCGACAUUUAUUGUAAACAGUAAGCCCCAAGGGUAAUCUUUUUCCCGCCCAUAGUGAAUUGUCAUUAUGCUCGUCAUAGUUUUAUGUAAAGAAAAUAAGUCACGUUCCGGUUUUAAGGGGUUUCUAAGGCUUGAAUAUACCAUUUUCCAACUAAUUAUUCUUCAUUAUUAUGAAUACAGUCGUUGAUAAUUAAAGAGCCUAACCAGUAUUGUGGGAAGUGGUGAGUUUGAAUCCCGUCGGGCUUUCAGGCCGCAGUCACUUAAGCUGGAUAGCCUUAUAUCCACCGGGUAAAUUACUAUCCAGUAGGAAAAACCAAUUGCGCUAUCCGGUGGAAAACAUUAUCCAACUUUUAUGCUGAGGCCAGUUUAGUUUUUUCUCCCACGUAGAGCGAUGAGACUGUUUUAUCUUUCCCGAAACGAAAGUUGUUAUUACGUCUUCUAGCAUGUCCAAAUAUGCAAGUCCUCCGAGGGUCGUCAGGUGUCAUCACAAGUCCUUAUUACCCCAGCAAUUAUCACAAUGGCCAUAGUUGCACCUGGAAAAUCACUGGACGAUCGGGAGACCGAGUCAAGUUGGUCAUUCAGGAUGCGCAAAUAGAAGGUUGUCCAUGGGACUAUAUAGUAAUUAGCAAUGGUUACGUACAGAGCAGCGGUUUAAAUCCUGGGACAAUAUGUUCGUCACUCGGCAGACCAAUGACUAUUAUUUCAUCCGGUGAAACCCUAACAGUGCAUUUCCGCACUGAUGGCAGUGUAACACGCCGUGGAUUUAGGGCAAUCUACACAAUACUACGUAACGGUAAGUGAUAACAGCCCUUUCUGAUCUGCUUUGAAGGUAAAGAGUCCUUAUUUAACGUCGGUAGCUGGAAAUAGUCACCUGGGCCUGGUCCCUGAAAGGCCUAUUAUCGUUAAUUCACGAUUAAAAUUAUGUUCCGUUUUUGUAUUUUACAUUCUUAUGUAUUUCUUAGGGUAACAUUUUGUGUUAUCAUCACUGUAUCUCGUAGUUAAGGCUCAACGGUAUUUUGUAACCUCGAGUUGCAUGUUAUUAGAAGAGAAAACUGUUCUUGCAUUGAAAGUUGGCUUAAUCCUGGGUUAAACUAGACCAUCUUUCGAGAAACCGGGCCCUGACUAACAAACCUGGGGGCGGCGGUGCGUUCAUUUUACCCACCCCCCCCCUUCUCUCCAUCAUUUAGAUCUUACUUUCUAAGUGACUGUCGUGCGCAUUUGAACAUUUUUAUGGAAAAUUACGCAAUUAAAAGGUGUUAUUAUUAUUAUUAUUAUUAUUUAUAAUAAUGAAUUACUUUGAGGCAGGCAACGACUUUCCAAAUAGAAUUGGAAUUUUGAUGGCUCUUUUGAAGUUCAGAGGGAACGUGUUCCAUCCCACGCUUGACCUCCUGACGGAAAAACUGACCUGCAUUCCAGUGAAGCCGAUAUUUGUUUUAAUGGCGCUUUUGUGCCACUUGUCCCGACUACUCCUUAGUUGUCCAAUCUCAGGUGCAUGAUGUAUGGAUUUGGCCUUGCCUUUAUCUUACUCGCCUUAUUGGUGAGUGAUAAGUAAGUAGAGAAUUGAACUCACGAACUUGGUCGUCUAAAUCAUCAGCUAGGUGAAAUGGAGCACUAGCCAAUUCCUCAAAAAAUUUAGCAUAAGUAUAAUUGUUAUAGUUUCUUGCGGUGAUGCAUGAGCAACGCGGCUUAGGUGCUUUCAGCUUUAACUUUUCUUUGACCUGGGUGGAUUAUUUACGGUAUCAAAUUAAGAGAAGAACAAAAAUUUGACAAGGUACGACCGUCACCAAUUAUAAUGUCUUCCAUGUCCACCAUUAGUCCACAAAAGCUUUUUCAGGUCUUCAAGAAAGCCUUUAGGCACAUUUGGAAGUCUACUGACUGUGCACAGAAGGAAUGAUUUUAGCUUUCUGUACUGUACCUAUAACCAGAGUUGUUGGUAGUUAGAGUCGGAAACUGCUGAAUAUUCUGUAACAAUACAUACUUUGUAAACAUCAGUUCCACCACCAGUCUUAUGCAUUACGCGGUCCUGUCUGAAGAGAACUUAACCAGGAAUAUGCAUGUCAGUGUCACUAGUCGAACGGUUCGGCCAAGCCUCCGAGACUGUAAAAGUAUCAAAAUCAUUCGAAGACGUCGUCUGGGUGGUGAGAUGGAAAUUAUCAUGCGAUACCAUCAAGCGAACAUUCAAUGGGCAAUGGUAACACGUUUUUAGAUAGGAACCUAUCGGCUACUGUGCUAUCUGAUCGUAGCCAUUCACGCUUCAAUCUGCAGUCUCAAUUCCACUGUCUCUGUUGUCGAUGUUGUUAGGGCGAAUUUUAUAGACCACCUCAUCAAAAUUUCGUGGGUCAGUAGCUUUCUUCUUCCGCACUAAGUGUGAUCUAACUGUUUGUAGCAAACAACGGGGAAGUUUAAACAGCCUUUUGACGUAUGACAGAAUUGCUAUAUAUUUAAUUUUCGGGGGGUUGGAAGGGGGUUUGGGUUUAGGGUGGGUUGAAAUCCGAGAGCCAGUGAACUUAUAAAGAACCCAAGUCCAUGACGCCUCGCUGACUACGAUUAAAAAUGCUGCUAGAAGAUUCUUUUUCUUGACCACGCAUUAGCGAGGUUAUGCAUUUAGUUUUGCUGAUCCUUGCAAAACGCAGGACUUAUUUAACCUAGUAAACAGAGAAUGAACUGAGUCUUUUAUUGUUUUUCAAAGUUGGUAAGGUAGUACGCAAGCAAGCGGUAAAGCGAUGCGACUAUGAAAAGCGAGGACGGCAAUUCGAGGGGAAAAUGUGAGGCUGGUCCCAAAUCCAGAGUUAAUAACUAUGCGUUAAAUGGGUUUAUGUGCCUUUCCCGUCUCUUCGCGAGCAUUGGCUAUUUUCAACUCUUGACUGUUUUUUGUUCGCGACAGACCAGGAAAAAAGAGAGACUUGUUCUCUAGUAUUUGUCUUGCCUAGAUAGCCAAUAGACGGAAAUUUAGAUGCAUGACCACAAAAAUCUGUGUAAAACGCUACAUUUUGACAAAGGAAAUAGCCUAACUUACCAUGAAAUCCUCCUUCGUUGUCAUUGAAGUUGAAGCUGAGCGCCUGUCAGCGUCGUGGAUAUCAUGGGUUAAGUUUAAUAGUUUAAUAAUUCUUUUUACCAAUGUACAAAAUAAAAAUAUAUAUACAUAUAUAAAAGUACAAUAGGUAAAGGAAAGCAAUAGGGGGAAACUGAAUUCCCAUAUAAAAACUGCCCUCCAAAACGAAAGGAUAAAACAAUUAAGAAUAGAAGACUAAUACAUUACUAUACUAUGUGUCAUUUAUCCUUCGAUUUUUCACGCAAUGAACUGUCUUGUCAUCCAGCGUGUCCAAAUAUGGCAACCCUGACAGGGACUUCAGGCAUCAUCAAAAGUCCAUUUUACCCAGGAUAUUAUGGUAAUGGCCAGACAUGCAGCUGGAAAAUCACAGCAAGUAGCGGAAAACGCGUGAAGUUGGUCAUUACAGACAUGGACAUAGAACUCGGUGGAAGUAANCUGCAUUGUUUCGGCAAUGUUUAGACCUUUUAAGCGAGGAGAGUUAAUUCGAUGCACUGAUCAUCCAUUCAAUGUUGCAGCUAAAUUCAGAGACAAGGCGGGUUUUCCCUAUGUAAACGGGAUGGGUUGACGGAACUCACAUUGCUUGUUAACCCACCAAAUUACACGAAGACGCCUUCGUUAACUGUCAUCUCACCAAAUCUAUGCCAAUGAAGCCAUGGCCGCAUGCCCAGAUUACACGAUCUAUUUCCGAUCAUAGUGUUAUUCACAAUAUAAAUCACUCGACUAAACGCCUAAAUCCAUCAUUUGAAAACGAUUCCACGGUGAAAUGGAGAGCUCGUGUGUAAAAAAAAUUUUUCUCUUAUCCUGUAAAUUGAAUCAUCGUUUAUUAUGUGCUCUUGUUAGUUAUAAAAAAAAAAAACAUAAGUGAGCUAUAGGUUAAAAAAAAAAGUAUACAAGAAUUUCGUACAAUUAUUUAUUGAUUUAUUCAUUCUAUUGAGACAGUGGGGUGUAUCGCUCUUAAGGAACAAUAAUAUAUAGAUUUAGCCAGGGCUAAGAGCGAAGCUCUCGAUAAUAUUUAUAGUUUGUUCAAACAAAUUAUAAAAGCGGCGAAGGCAUGCAACGCCGGAAAACAGUGAAAAACAACAAUAGGUCUAAUUAGUAAAAGCAACUUUGCACGUGCAGCACACUUUUCUUGUACAUUUCUUUGCCGUUGUUUUGCACGACUACAACGUGAAACGUCCAGAAACUUCUUAGUUACACGUUUUAUGGAGGA